AUGGCUGCGGUGGUCUCGGAGAUCAUCGCCAACGCCUGCCAUCUAGAGCAGAAGAAGGUCACGCAUAUAGAGACCCUCUUAUCGCGAUUUGACAGCCUGUCAGCUGCAGAGCAAGACCAGGAACGAGCCUCUUACGUUGCCGCCGUCUUCCCCCUGUUCUUUGGCGCAGCUGCCGUCGUGCACGGGUCCAAUGGCUAUGAGCCGCAGCGUAUAGUUCCCUGGUCUACCAAUUGCUGGCUUCAACCUCGGGUAAUCGUCCGUCCCGGAACUGCCCAACAAGUUGCAGCUGCGUUGGCGCUGUGCCGCUUUUUCCACGUCAAGUUCUCCAUCCGGGGUGGGGGCCAUUUGCAGAUUCCGGGCUUCACCAGUAACCAGGACGGCGUGGUCAUCUCCUUGGGAGCAUUUGACCAAGUUCGGGUGGCUGAAGACAAAUCCACGGCAAAUAUUGGCGUCGGAUUGAGAUGGCUGGAAGUAUAUCGCCGACUUGAACAGCACGGGGUGGCGGUUGCAGGAGGAAGAGUGCCUUCCGUGGGGGUUUCCGGCUUGUUGCUCGGCGGCGGCAUCUCCUUCCAGAAUAGUCAGUAUGGUGUGGGUGCCAUGGGCGUCUGCAACUACGAAGUUGUCCUCGCCAACUCGCAAAUUAUCAAUGCCAAUGCCCUCGAAAACCCCGAUUUAUUCUGGGCCCUGAAGGGUGGCGGGCCUAACUUCGGAAUCGUUACCAAGAUCGAGAUGAACACCAUCCCCAACCAGAUAUGGACCGAAGUUCGUAUCUAUCCCCUCACGGCAGCCGACCAACUGCGCGCCGCACUGAUGCAAUAUCACGAUGCCAUUGAAACCGACAACAAGGCAUCUCUCAUCUGGAACGCCACCAACGACAUCAUUCUCAUCGUUUAUUUUUACUGCGCGCCAGUCGAGAAUCCCCCCGUCUUCCAGGCCUUCUACGACAUACCUCAUCUCACUAGCUUCGUGCCUCCGGGUAUCCGCACCGUCUACGAUCUAGUCCAGGCCGUAGCAUCCGUGAAUGAAGCUGAACCUACUGUCCAUGAAUUUCGCACCAUGUCCAGCCGCCCUAGUUUAGAAGUCUACAAGGCCAUCGAACAAGCUCAUGCUAAGCAAGCCGAGGCUCUCAAGGACAUAGAAGGCAUCGCCCUGACGACCGUCAUUCAGCCUAUGUCGUCACUCGCCAUGAGGGAAUCGCUCAAGAAUGGCGGAAGUCCUCUAGGUCUGGAGCCCGUUGGACAGCAGUGGUUCCUCGCCCGAGCAGACUGGAAGAACAUCCAAGAUGAGGAACGGGUGCGCGAGGCAGUGCGCAAGAUCGUGGAUGCGGCAGAAUCUGCGGCAAAACGGACGGGUGUGUAUCUCCCGUACAAGUAUUCGAAUUAUGCGGCGUGGGACCAGGAUCCGUUGGCGAGUUAUGGUGUGGAGAACGUAAGACGGUUGAAGGAGGUGGCGAAGAAGUAUGACCCUGAGGGGGUCUUUCAGACAUUGCAGAAUGGGGGUUGGUUGUUGAGUAAGGUUGGAAUGGAGUAACUAGAUAGGGGUCAUGAAUAGACAGGUAGGUGGGUAGAUGAUUGACUGUACAUAUGUAGGGAGACACAGAGUUGUACGAGAG